AUUUAAAAUCUAUCGGCCAAGUUCACGGAGGUUUCUCAGUGUUUGCCGUUAUUGUGUCGCUGUGUGGUCGCUGUUCUCCGACGGUGUUAAUAAAAAUCCGGCAGCGACCACUCGCACGAAAGUCAUCGAGCUUGUUUUAGGUUAUUCUACUCAAAAUGAGUAUUCUCGCAUACAAUGGCGGUGCGAUAAUCGCCAUGAAAGGAAAGAAUUGUGUGGCGAUCGCAGCCGAUCGAAGAUUCGGAAUUCAAGCGCAAAUGAUAACUUGCGAUUUUGAAAAAAUCUUCGAAAUGGGACCGCAUUUGUUUCUCGGUUUACCGGGUCUUGCUACGGACGUCCAAACCGUCAUGGAACGUUUACGGUUUAGAUUAAAUCUUUAUGAACUUAAAGAAAAUCGUCGUAUGCGUCCGAAAACUUUUUGCUCCGUUGUAUCAAAUUUACUUUACGAGAAACGAUUUGGACCUUAUUUCGUUGAACCCAUUAUCGCUGGACUCGAUCCCAUCACAUAUGAACCUUUUAUUUGCAAUAUGGACCUUAUCGGAUGCAUCAACGAGCCUGAGGACUUUGUUGUGGGUGGCACAUGCACGGAACAACUCUAUGGAAUGUGUGAAUCCCUCUACGAACCUGAUAUGGAACCAGAUGAUCUUUUUGAAACUAUCAGCCAAGCCCUGGUCAAUGCCUGUGACAGAGAUGCUAUUUCCGGUUGGGGAGCAAUCGUUCAUAUAAUUGAAAAGGACAAGGUCACAACAAGAACUGUCAAGACACGUAUGGACUGAAAAUCCUACUGUACCCAAUAUUGCCUCUUUUUUUUUACUACAAGCGGGAUGCUCAUUAUUUCUUCACAUGUAUCAAGAUAUAGAUAAUAAAAGAUUGAAAACACGAAAAAAA